CAAGGGUUACCAUCUGGUGAAGACUAUUAUUGACAGCUGCGUGGUGUCCUCGUCUUGACACUCCUUUUUUUGUUUGAAUCCAGGAUAACUGACCGUCCGGGUCUCUCCUGGACCCCUCGAGGACUCGAACUUCACAAUAAACCAUCGCAAUGCGGCCAACGUCGUUCCCAGCGGCCGCGUUGCUGACGCUGGGCCUACUGCCCGUGGGGAUACUAGGUGGUAUUCUGCAGACAGAAGGGUUCUCAACAUGCUUGCCGGCCUCUGUCAUCACGGUUGACCAGCUGGAUGUGACGUAUAAUAGUGGCAGCCAAAUUGUGACAUUCGACCUGGCUGGAACCAGCACGAAGGAAGAGGAAGUGAUUGUCUCUCUUGCUAUCUCUGCAUACGGCAACCAAGUGUACUCGAAGUCUUUUGAUCCUUGCGACCCCGCCACAAAGGUUGAGAAAAUGUGUCCUGUGCCCGCGGGUACUUUCCAGGCAUCGGGCUCGCAAGCGAUUCCUGCUCAAUUCGCAUCUCAGAUCCCUUCCAUUGCGUUCAGCAUUCCUGAUUUUGAGGGCGAGGUUAAACUUGAAUUGAAAGCUAAGGACACCGGCAGUGAUAUUGUUUGCAUUCAAUCGGGUGUCACCAAUGGGAAGUCAGCACAAGUGAAAGGUGCCACCUAUGUCACAGCGGGAAUCGCAGGUGCUGCUUUGGCAAUGUCAAGUAUUUCUGCUCUGGGUGCUGGUGCUGCAGGCCAUGGUGCUGCCUCGGCCAGUAUAUCAGCGCACCCUGGGUUUGGGGAUGUGAUGGGUUGGUUCCAUGUGAUGGCCACCAACGGAAUGCUCAGCGUCGACUACCCAUCCAUUUACCGUAGCUUCACCAGAAAUUUUGCAUGGAGCACUGGCGUCAUUCCGUGGAACAGCAUGCAGAUAUCCAUCGACAAUUUCAGGAACCACACGGGUGGUAACCUGACUGACAACAGCUUUGAGUUUCUGUUCAACAGUACCGUCGCGGACAAAGACGGUACCACGUUGAAGUCCGCGGGAGUUGCCAAACGUACGCUUGACUUCCUCGUCGACCCUGGUCAUAUCUUCCCUCGAGACGUGAGCUCGUCCGUGAAUGGAACAGGAAACGCUACUGCUGCGAGCGGUAGCGGCGACGGAGGAAUCAAUCACGUCGUCUCCGGAAUUCAGGCUUACGUCGAAGAGCUCUCGAUCCCCCAAGCCAACGUGUUCAUGACUAUCCUGCUCAUUUUUGCCAUCGUUAUCGCUUCAAUCGCUGCGGGCAUUCUACUUUGCAAGGUCAUCCUGGAAGUGUGGGCCAUGUACGGCACUUUCCCUGAAAAGCUGUCGAACUUCCGCAAAGACUAUUGGGGUCUUCUCGCCCGCACAAUCACGAACUUGAUCCUUAUCAUGUACGGCAUGUGGACCCUUUACUGUGUCUUCCAGUUCACUCGCGGCGACUCAUGGGCUGCCAAACUUCUCGCUGCGGUUACGCUGGCCAUAUUCACUGCAGUUCUCGGAUUCUUCAGCUUCCGGAUUUGGCAGAUUGCCCACAAGUAUAAGAAGGCCGAAGGUGACACAUCGCGUUUGUUCGAAGAUCAGGAGACUUGGCGCAAAUACAGUCUCUUCUAUGAUAGUUACAAGAAGGAUUACUGGUGGAUCUUUGUCCCUACGAUUGCCUACAUGUUCACUCGGGGUUGCAUCAUUGCCGCAGGUGAUGGCCACGGCCUCUUCCAGUCCGCUGGCCAACUUAUUGUGGAGGCAUUGAUGCUGAUACUCUUGGUCUGGAGCCGCCCGUACGAGGCCAAGUCCGCUAGAUGGAUCAACAUUACCAUUCAGGCUGUCCGUGUACUUUCAGUUGCCUGCGUCUUGGUCUUCGUCCAAGAGCUCGGAAUCUCCAAGACCACCAAGACAGUCACAGGCAUUGUUCUGAUCGCAAUCCAGUCAACGCUCACUGGAGUACUGGCGAUACUGAUCGCCGUCAAUGCCGUUAUUGGCUGCAUCAGGGAGAAUCCCCACGCGAGACGCCGAAGGGAAGCUGAAAAAUUAAACCGUGACUUUGACGACUUGACGCCGCUCGAUGCGCGUAACUCUCUGCUCAUGGACCGCCCUUCAACUAAGCAUGGUCUCGAUGACCAGGGAAUGAACAAGUUUAACUACACCGGCCCUUACGCGCCUUACCGAGACUCCGUUCCUCGAUCACGACACCAUGCGACAGAAAGUACUGACCGACUGAUUAACUCCGAGGAGGUGGAUGUGAAACAUACUCGGAGCUCCAGUCGCGAGAGCCGCGGACGCAGCCCAUCUCCAAAUGCAGAGAAGCCUGCUCCUUAUGGCGUUGCGCUCUGAGUUAUGUAAAAGAAAAAAGAAAAAAAAAGUGAAAAAUCACCACAACCUCCUGAAAGCCGCCUGAAAGCAGAGAGGGCGAGCGGAGCUUUUUGAUCGGGAUGCUUUCGGCUACUCUUCACUUUAGCGUGCUCUUCAUACUGUCCUAUUAUGUUCUCAAAUUCCCCCUUUCGCCAUGCUAUCCGGACCUGUCCCCUAUAUCACUGAACU